UCGAGGUAUCCAUUCAAGUUGCCACCCCAAUGAUGUCGCAAGGACAAGCAAGAAGAAUGGAAAGCUGCCUCCCAGUUGCCCUCCUAGCGCUAGGGAUCCUCCUCCAGCUCGCUGGCUGCAGCCCUCCACCAGACCCGGUGGUGUGCACGCACGGCACGUCCAACUGCACCAUCACCAACACGGUCGGCUUCUUCCUCUGCCCCGCGGCCAACGUCACCUACCCGCGGACGGAGCAGGAGCUCGUCGCAGCCGUGGCGGCCGUGGCAGCCGCAAAGCGGAAGGUAAAGGUAACCACCUCGCACGCACACAGCAUUCCCAAGCUCGCGUGCCCCGGCGGCCGCGACGGCACACUCAUAAGCACCGCGCGGUUGAACCGGACGGUGCACAUCGACGCUGAUAAGCGGCUCAUGACGGUGGAGAGCGGCAUGCUACUCCGGGACCUCAUGGAGGCCGCCGCAGCGGAGGGGCUGUCCCUGGCGCAUUCACCGUACUGGCACAGCCUAACCAUUGGUGGGCUCCUCGCAACUGGCGCGCACGGGAGCUCGCUGUGGGGCAAGGGAUCUGCUGUUCACGAGUAUGUGGUCGGGCUGAGGAUUGUGACGCCGGCGCCGGCUAGCCAGGGGUUCGCCGUGGUGAGGGAGCUUGGUGCCAAUCACCCGGACCUGGACGCCGCCAAGGUCUCCAUCGGCGUGCUGGGCGUCAUCUCUCACGUAACUCUGGCAUUGCAGCCGUUGUUCAAGCGGUCGGUGACUUUCAUGAAGCGCGACGAUUCAGACCUUGCGGAUCGGGUGGCCACGUGGGGCCGCCUCCACGAGUUCGGCGACAUGUUAUGGCUGCCGCAGCAGGGCAAGGUCGUCUACCGCCAGGACGACCGCGUCGACGUCUCGACGCCGGGGGAUGGCCUCAACGACAACUUGAUUUUCCGUGCCACUCCCACCCAGGUGAUCAUUGCUGCAAGAUCCGCAGAGGAGCGGCUGCAGGAGAACGGCACUGACACUGCCCGAUGCGCGGCGGCACUGCUGCAGGCGGACACCAUGGAACGGCAGGCCUACGGCUUCACCAAUGAUGGCGUCUCAUUCACGGGGUACCCGGUGGUGGGGUACCAACAUCGCAUCCAAGCGUCUGGCACAUGCAUCGACAGCCCAGAGGACAGCCUCCGCUCCGCCUGCGCCUGGGACCCGCGCAUCCCAGGCGCUCGCGCCGACAACUCCGGCUUCAGCGUUGCUCUCUCCAAGGCGCCGGCGUUCAUCGCUGACAUGCAGCGCCUCCGGGAUCUCAACCCGGAUGUGUUUUGUGUUGGCAUCGACUCUAGGACGGGUAUGUCCAUGCGGUACAUCAAGGCAUCGUCCGCUUACCUUGGCAAGCAGGAGGACUCGAUUGCCAUCGACAUCAACUACUAUCGUAGCAACAUCGACGGCACGCCGCGGGCGCACACCGACGUGGGCGACGAGAUCGAGCAGAUGGCACUGUGGAAGUAUGGUGCCCUGCCACACUGGGGCAAGAACCACGACAUCACUUUCGAUGGUGCCAUCUCGAAGUACUCAAAAGCCCACGAGUUCCUGGCGGUGAAGGAUAGGUACGACCCUGAUGGGAUCUUCUCUAGCGAGUGGAGCGACCAGGUGCUCGGCAUCAAUGGGAGUCCGAAUGUCAUCAAGGAGCAUUGUGCCAUCGAAGGACUUUGCGUCUGCUCUGAGGACUCGCACUGUGCGCCGGAGCAGGGUUACCUCUGCCGACCGGGGAAGGUGUACACGAAGGCUAGAGUUUGCUCACUCAUCAAGGAUUAUUAGGAUGGUGAGAACCCGAGAGUAUGUUAUGUUACACAUAAAAUACAUGUAUUUUUUUUCGUGCCGUUUGAGUUUGUAAGGGGAUCAUCUAUCUAUAAGAUGAAUCCUCAAGUUAUCUGAGUUGUUAAGAGUCGAGUUAAACCGGAGUUUUGUACCCUGGGUGGCGUCGUGUGGGGUUUGGUCAUGUGAUGUGUUGGGUGUUGGUGUCUACCUUAUAAAGCAAUGAAACCCUCGAAAACGCUGCAAUUUUUGCAGCACCAAAUAU